GUAAAGUUGUGUACAGAAAUAUUCUCCAAUCACACGCGAGAGGCACUCAAACAUAAUAUGAGCCUCAAAACCGAGUGGAAUUCUCUCUCAAAUAGAUGGCCAUGGAGGCUGCAAAACCCUUUGGGGGCCAACGCUUCAUGAUCGUUUCCCUCUUCUUGAUCUUCUUCCUCUGCGUCUUGGCUUCAAUCAACGAGUUCCGAUACGAGACGUUGUCAAAGUUCGGCCGAUGCGCUCUCUCCAACAUCCCCCAGUUCAACGAUUUUUCAACCAAUCUCUCGGUCGAAAACUCCUCCUCAUCCAACGAUGAAAUCCGGAUACUCAUAGGCGUUCUUACGCUCCCCGACCAGUACCACAAGCGCCACUUCCUCCGCAUGAUCUACGGGACUCAAUCUCCCGCCGGUGGCCGAGUUGAUGUGAAGUUCGUGUUUUGCAACUUGACCAGAGAAGAACAGCACGUCCUGGUGGCGCUGGAGAUCAUGCGGUACGACGAUAUCAUCAUCAUGAAUUGCACAGAGAACAUGAACAACGGGAAGACGUACACAUACUUCUCAAGCCUGCCGGAGAUGCUCAAGGGCGCGGACCGGCCCCACCCACCUUACCAUUAUGUGAUGAAGGCGGAUGACGACACUUUCUUUAGGUUGGAGAAGCUUGUGGCGUCGUUGAGGCCGCUGCCGAGGGAGGACUUGUACUACGGCUUCGUGAUACCGUGCCAUAGCAUGGACCCUUUCGUUGACUACAUGUCCGGGAUGGGCUAUAUGGUCUCGUGGGACUUGGUCGAGUGGAUCAGUGAGUCGGACAUCGCUAGGAACCACACGGAAGGGGCCGAGGAUCUCGUCUUCGGCGCGUGGUUGCGAGACGGACGCCGUGCCAAGAACCGGUACAACGCCAAGUGGGCCAUGUACAAUUAUCCCGAUCCGAAGGACCCGUGCCAGCAUGAGUUUUGGCCGGACACGAUCGCGGUCCACACGGUGAAGACGCCAGAGAAGUGGCUCCAGACAUUGAAGUACUUCAACUUCACAAGUAACUUGAAACCCUCUAAAUUGUAUCAUAUUCCUUAGGCGAAGCGAUGGUCGCUCGCCAUCACCGUUUCCAUUUUUGGGUUCAUUCUUUGUUUCUUUUUUGUUACUUAAUGAUCAAUACAAUCCUGUUCUGGCGAAACUACUAUUC